UUCAUAGAACAAUUUCUAAAGGUGCCAACAGUUUCUUACAGAGACAAGGAACGCGAAACAAAUGUAAGAAGUCCUGCAAAUCCUGAAGGGAGAGAGCGAGGUGAUGUGUAAAUAUAAAGUGAGGUGGAUGGUAGGUGGGGCCAGAGAUAUUAUAAGACACAGCACAGGAAAGAGAAGCUGCUGUUUCGUGUGGCUAAGGUAUUUCUGCUAAACUGCAAGUAUAGUGGUAUUUGUCCUCGCAACCACUUCAGCAAGUCAUCCGCCGUUUCAGGGAAGUCGUCGAUUCUCUCAAGAAAGUCAAUUUUAAGACAUCUCAACAGCAAUCCUACGAAAGGCUUUUUGACUGGAAAUCCAAGAAGACAUUUCGUGGGAACGGACAUUGAUGACAAAUCCGAUUCCUUUGAUGACAAGAAUGGACUGAUGGUAUAUCCACAUGGAAGACAGCAUUAGUUGAUGGUGGACCACCGAUACUCCAAACAUUUUAAUUCAUUUUGUGCCAACGUCGCUGAGGAAGCCACGCUCGUCGCCAGGGGAGAUAAUGCUGCUCGACUGGCUCUGAAGUCACUCAGGCAAUGUUUAUAAAGCAAGAAUCACUGCAGACUGAUGGUGACUAGACCGACAAAUGUUGCGAGGUCGCGAGGAUGAAGUAUCUCAAGCAAAUAUAUCUGCUGCUUUUGGAACAAGCCAUCAUCUACAACAGUAUUCUGGCUCAGAAAGUUGAUUUAGACUUCAGCACUACACAGUGCAUAAUGGAAUCGAAGAACAUCACAUACUCAAGCAGAGUUAAUGGCAUCUUCCCUCAUGGCUGUACAAUUGCAGUCCAGUGCCGGUAUCGUUUUGCUUCAUGUACUGGGAAUCUGAGUAUCACCUUGAAUAAUGAACAGCUCGACAAGGCCAUCUUAGUGACAAACUCAUCCAACUGUACUAUUGAGGUUAACAUAACCAAUUUAACUGCAAUGGACUUCCAUCAGAAGACAAUCACUUGUAAAAUAGACAAUGUCUCUAAAAGAUCACGGACACUUGAAGUUGGGUACCCACCUGUGCAACCAGAAAAUCUGGUUGUUGAGUAUCUCCCUGGCAGCUAUAUUUAUUUGUGGUUAGAUCCUGUAAAGAUUGGAGAAGAUUUAAAUGAUAAGGAUACAGUAUGGUUUGUGGACUAUAAUUGGGCAGGUACAGCUUAUAAAACUUUCUCUUACUCUAUCUUUCACACACUCAUGCAUUCAUGUACAUGCACACUCACAUUAUAUGAUAUACUUUUCAUGGAUUUAUGUACUAGCUGUGACUUUAUUGUCAACUUUUGAUUUACUGCUUCGCUUGAAUCAAGCUUAUUUAUGCAUGUCGUCAGUAUAAUGAAAUAAUGAAACACUCUAGAAGUCUUUAUCCUGACUUGACAAGUUGACAGCUGAUGUUCAGCAAGGGAGAUGUUUUGAGUGAAAGGGGAGACAAAAAGUGUGGUGGUGCCAGCUGUCAACCUACUGUCACUCACUUGCUCCCUAGUUCUCACUCCAUCUCUGUCUCUGCUUUGCUUGACAAAGUUUCUUUUUUAUGUGAUGAGACUGAAAACCUUAUUUUUUUAAAACCUUUUUUUUUUCAGACCCAUGAAACCACUUCAUUUUCAGACCCCAUUCCCCAUGGCAAAUUUUAUUUAAUAAUAAUUAAGCAUUUCUAUGGCACAUUUUCCUGCCAGCAUCAAGCCCAAUACACUUUGACAGAAACAAUCAGCUUAACAAUAUCUCUAUCACACAUACACAGCACACACAAACAACACAGACACAUAUGCAUGCAGGAGUAGAAGGUAUAAAAAAAAAGAAAAGAAAACCACCAGCUGCUUAAAGUAUUUCCAGAAAUAAUGGUUCUUAAGGCCAGACUUGAAAGCAUCAUGAUUUAAGUGAUUUACACAAUUUUAAUGCUGUGGAUAACCCUCCAUGCAUGCUCAUGCACUUUUUAUGUCUCUAUCUAAAGACUUUUUAAAAAGUAGAUUAUAAAAAAAAAAUUAAGGAAAGUAAAAUAGCAACUGGACAAGAAUAUAUAUAUGUGUGAGAGAGAGAGAGAGAGUGGUGUGUAUGUGGAUUUUUUUUUAAUUCUUUGUAUUUUUUAUGUCUCUUAAAAAUUAUUGAAAAGGAAAAAAAAAAUGUGUUAUUUUGCUGAUCCAAAUAAUAUUUGAAGCCAGUUUUCACUUAGUGAAUAGAGUAACAAGGUAAUUACACAGGCACAGAAAGCUGACUAUAGAUACCACAGGUCAAACUAUGAGGAUACACAGCAACUACUCUGUGGGUCACAGAGUUACUUCUUUAUUGAUGGAUAAAGUCACAUUUAUAUAAUUGUAUUAUUUCAGCAUGAUUGUGCAAAAUGUAACACACAUUUGUAUUUGUUUUUAAGGAAAGCAUAUAUCCUGUAAAAAUUCCAGCAGCAGCCAAUAGGACAAGGCAUCUGGCAUGUGAAGUUAAUCUCAAAAGCAUGAUCGGAAAAGGAUUUUAUUCAAAAGAAUCUGGGGGAAAUGUUAGCAACAACAUCACUUUUAUGGUCAAUGUUUCCAACAAGUUUGUAAAUAAGACUGUAAAUUCUUCUAUGAACAGGUCCUUUUACCUACCACGUUUUGUUAGGCCAGACGCAGUGAAACCAGAGCUAGUGAAAGCAGGAGACAGUUGGCUUAGCAUCAAUGUCAGCCUUAGUAAAGUUAUGCAUGGCUUUGACCACUGUAAAUUAAUGAAGAAUGGUCCGCAAGAUUCUCGCUUGAGACUGGAAUACACUGUGCACAAGGCCAGUGAGGAAGAAGAACACAGGCUUAGACCAGAAAGAAAUCGCUUCAGGGAGGAAUUCGGCUUCUAUCGCAACUUACCAGAUGAUGAGAGGGCCCUGGUUACUUUGAAUGGCACUUCCGAUUUCCCACAAACUAAGGUGCAGAAAUGGAUCUGCAGAAAUCAAACACUGAAUGUCAACAUAACUGGUUUAGCCCCCUAUUCACAUUAUAACAUUACCUUUAACCUGCUGGGAAAAUACAGAGGUCUUGGAAGCAGUCUCAACAAUGUUAUGACAAAGGAAAGUGAGCCAUUGCGGUCCCCAUUAUUUGGUAUCAGCCCGUACUCAUGCUUCUCUGGUGAAAACGACAGAAUCUCGUGCGUCAUUUAUUUUGAAGAAAUUCCAAGGAUUUUAAGACAUGCCAGUGUUACAAAUUAUAUUUUGGAGGGAUUUGGUCUGACUGAUGGGCACCAGAGAAUCAGGCCAGAAUGUAGGAAUUUUACAGUGAAAGCAGAUGGUCAAAAUAAUUCAAUUUUGGUGGAAAAUCUCAUCCAGGGCUGUGUCUACAACAUCAGUUUGACAGCAGAAACAAGCAUGAAACAAAAUUCUCUAUCUGCUACCUAUAUUUUAAAUGCAAGAGAUAUAGGAAAAGAGGUAGAGGUGGAAGUGGUCGUUGACAAAUUAAACAAGAGUCAUGACAGUUACACGAUGUUCUGGAAUAAUGCAGCCUGGGAACAGACAGAGGAUGUGAAAUACUACAUUCAUUACUGUUACACAGGAACCAAAAGUGCCCAGAGUUAUAUCUGCAUGAAUAAUCUGGUGACGCAACAAGAGAACAGUACAUGGAGGUCUUCCAAGAUGUUAGUCGAAAGUUACAUUAAACCAACAUUUUUCAUAUCCGCUGUACAGAAUGGGAAAACCAGUGGAAUGGUCAAAGAAAAGUGGAGAUAUUGCAUGCAUAAAGACCCUGUGAAAGUAAAAUCACUGGCUGUGAGAAGCAUGCCAGUAGAUUCAACGCAGCUGGAGGUGGUAUUUGAACGGGCAGAUACUGACGCCGAUGACUGUACAGGUCGGCCAGUUUACUUUGAAAUCAGCUGGAAAGAAUGUUCAAAUGGAUGCAAACCAUUCCAGGACUCAAAUAAUUAUUUGAAAGUAGAUGCCUACCACAAAGGACCCGUCACACUGAAUGGCCUUACAGACUCCACAGAUUACUGUGUAUGGGUCAAGGCUGUAGGCAGCAACAACAUAAGUUCUUCUUGGACUUGCCGAGCAGCAAUGACAGGAAAAAGCAACACUAGAGUUAUCAUUGUGGCUUUUAUUCUUGUUGGUCUUACAGUUUUCUCUCUAGGAUGUGUCCUCACUUGUUGCUACUGGAGGAGGUCAAAGGCUAAAAUAGAAGCUAUGCAUGUGCCCUGGCCAAAGCCAAACACUAAGCAGUCUCUCCUGUAUAAAAAGCCAGGAAGUGCUUUUCCAUUUUUCACCAAAAUUCCUGCUACACCCAAGCAUGUUUUAUCUGGAGAUUCUGGAAUUGAAGAUGGAGGUGUUGAUGGUAUAUAUACGAGGUCAAUGUUGACAGAAAGUGGUGACAACAGACCAUGCUGUACACAAGCAACAAUUGGGUCCUUAUAUGGCUAUCACCUGCACAUCGAACAGGAGGAUAGCCAGUCCCAGUCGAUUCAGCGGUACCAACUGAUCAGGUUCGAACCACCCGCCAGCUCUACUGUGUGUGAUGACAAUGAUGAGACAGAGGACAGCGAGGAAAAAGAGGAGCUGAGUGACAGCGAUUUGUCGUCAGAGUGUAGCAACUCCUCACAUCACAGCUCUAACCAUGGCUCUGUCUACUCCUUGUCUUAUUCAGAGAAUAUUCUGUCAAGACUCCCCAAAGCUUUGUUUCAACCUUCAGGACAAGGGUUGCAUGAACGAAACUCGGACACUAGCUGUACACUAGGGGUGUCAUGUCCUGAUGAAAGCGAUGAUGAUAAUGAUAGAUGAGAUUAAACACUGGUGUCUGCAGAUCAGAUAUAUUAAUAAUAAAUGCAACAUUUACAAAGCGAAUACUCACACUCCUAUAAGGAGUAUGCUCGGAGUGCUUCAGAACAAGAAAGAAACAUGGUUAGCAUACGAGGACAGGAAAACAACAUAUGAACUAUAAGAUAUAUAGUGUGUAGUGAACCCACGGACAUGACAGGACUUGUUGGGUUUCCUCGAUCCUCAAGGGAGCUGCAUAAGAAUGCCGAGAAAUCUCAGAGUCGGGGGUUUCAUCAUUAUCUUGUUAUCAUUCUCGAGAGUAACGGACAGAUACAAAUGUUUCCUGAGAAUAAACUGAAGAAGAAUAUAUGAGGAACCACCCGAACUUCUUGUAUUAAAAAUGCAUUUCCUGGAGUGACUGAAGCUGUUAAUAUUAAGACAGUUGUAAUUUUGCAUACAAUGACUUGUCUCCAUAGUUACAUAUUUUCUACCCUAAUGGUUCACUGGUCAAGUUACCACCGCUCCUGACAGGAUGGUGAAGGCAGGGCCAUCAAUGUGCCCAGUGACACGGGACACGCUGGGGUGGAAGAUUUUGAGUACCCUGCGAACUUCCCUGAUUAGGUCCGAGACCAAAGUGUGACCAGAGACACCACACCUGCAUGAAGAGGCAACUCAGCCUCGGACUACGAGAAACUCAUCUUUUUCCGACUCUGCGGACUGGCGAACGAGGGUUCAUCUCGAGGAGUAAGUUGUGAAAGCAUACUUGUGGACAUACAGUUAAUUUGUGGGAGCAUAGCUUUCUAACUGACGGUGGAUUAUAUUCCAGUUCGUGUGUGUGUGUAUAUAUAUUGACUGUGCAUGAUACAUGUGAACUGUAAAUUAUACCCGCACACUGUGGAGGAGGAUGCAAACUGUGGAACAUUGUUCAGUUCCUGUAGAAAAUUUAGAGUCGUCAAGAGUGAAAGACUAUUGCCAACAACAAGCAUAUGAAUAUAGUGUAGAUAAUUUUUGUAUGUAUAUCUGAUUCUAUUUUGCACAUUGCUUUUCUUUUUUAAUUAUAUUUUGUUUUCUUUGCA